UAUUAGCAUACUGCAAGAUGAACGUUCAUGGCGCUCUCGGUCCAUCCGGAGAGCAGUUAUGAAAACAGUCUGGUAGAGUUAAUGAAGUCGGUUGGGGGUAACCGACUUGAUGAACAGGCCUUUAAGUAUAACCCCGGAGCAACACAAGGUUGGGUUAAGCCUUGCCAAGGAAUCAAUUUAAUGUCCUACCACGAUGGUGGGGGUGACCAUUGUCUUACAGACUUUUCCCGUUUACCUUCAUACAAAAAUUGCCAGGUUGAUCAGCAGCUAAUGGGGGUUAAUACCAUAAACUCACACACUGGCCAGCAACAAACAACAAGAAGUCACCAAUCACAAGAUAAACAUUCCUAUUUUGAUUGGUCUCAACCAGCUCUAUCUUUGUAUUCAUACUCACAGACAGAUGGCAUCAACAGAAAAUCAACCAGUUUGGAAGAAGACAGUCUUAAAACUAAUCCUUAUGUUCUCAAUCCAGAUGAAAUGCCUCCAGCAUUCGCCUCCUACAAAGAUCAGUUUUCCAGCUCUGAUAAAUUUGGACUUUCCAAUAGUUGCUCCAGUGAUAAAUUUGGACUUACCAGUAGCUGCUCUAGUGAUAAAUUUGCAGCGUUUAAUGAUCUUGUCAACAAAAUAGUAGAUGAUGAGUCUUCCUUGCUCUCGUUUUCUUCAUUCUUUGACCGAGAAGAAGAAUCACCAUCCCAGGCAACCUCAGAUGUAUUUUCUUUAGAUGAAUCUCCAACUAUAAAUUGUGGCAGUGUAUGGUCAACGGGUAGUGAAGGAACACCAUCUGGUAAAUCUGACAAGAACUCAGUCUCUUAUGGAAGUUACGAACAUCAGUCAAGUCAGCUAUCUCAACUUUGGGAUGAAAAUGUUACAGAUUCUCCAUUCGCGUCAUAUUUAUCAUCAUCAAAUUCCCAGAACCCCUCGCAAUCAGACGCCAACUUUUUCCACAGCAUUGUUUCACGGGACCAAGCACCAUUAGCUCGAGAUGAUUUCAGUUCUCAAGGAUUUUCUGCUGAACAAAAUGCUUCAAAUAUACACGAUAGACUUAAUUUUAAUUCACCCAGCAACCAUUUCAAUACUUACAGUGGCGUAAAAUGUUCACAAAGCACGAAAUGUGAUGUCUCAAGGCCAGGAAAUAGUCAUUAUAUUCCACAAACAGGACAAGUUCCUCAAUUUUUUCAAGAAAACCACUACAGUUCUACUAUGAAAAAACACAACUUACAAGAUUUGUAUUCUGCUCAAACGGACUCAGUUGUCCAGUCACAUUCCCAUAUUAAUUUCCCCCGAAACCUUAACAUGAAUAACCAGUCAUUCCCAAAUGGCAUUAUCAAACCAAGUCAUUCUGUCAGUGGUACACUUAAUAAUGCCAACUCCCAGACAACAGUUCAUGAAGCCAAAGCCCAAAUGUAUUCCAAUGUUCAAAACCGAGGAGACUUUAUGCAUCCUAUUCAUGUAAAUACCCAAUCACCUAAUGUACAUAUGUCAAAUAAUAGCUGGUCCAAUCCAAGUACUCCAAGCUCUGGAGGAGAUGGAAGCAUCAGUGGAUUGGAUAAAAGUAAUCUCGUACAUGGAACAAACCAAAUGGAUCAAAACUUUUCUGGUCUACAUAUGGGCAGCCCAAAUCCUCACAUUAAUCGAUUCCUGCGUAAAGAACAAACGCCAUUAGAUACCUCCACACCUCAACAUAUGCGGGAGAGGAUUGCUGCUCAUCUGAGAGCUCAGGGGUAUUACAAACGAAAUCGUGCAUCAAAUUAUACCAGUUCUCCUCAUUGUGAUCGAUGGUCUGCGGACACAGCAGGACUAGAUUCCUCCAAUCCAUCGUCUAAUACUGAUGUACUACCACCAGAACUUAUACCAUUCUAUUUUGAUGAUAGACGAAAUGAAAGACGUAGAAUCGAUCCACGCCACGUGUUGCCAUUACAUCCUUACUUCCAGGUUGCUCCCCAUCUCCAACACCCUCCUCCACAUCCGCUAUUUAACCCUAACCCUGGUGCCUUGACAGUGGAUGGUUUAGAUUAUGUACAGCUUGAUGCUUAUGGUCGUGUAGCACCAGCUUAUAUGGGUGAAUUAUUGUAUGAUCCUCCACCACACCUAUUCAACUUACCCUACUUUUAUCAAGGCUUUAGACAGUUCAGGCGAAGUGGGCCCUCGAACGAAUUACAUAUAAAGUUAGAAGAAUGUUAUGAACAAUUUAAGGCUGUUGAAAAAGAAAGGAAGAAGACAGAAGCAGAAUUAGCCAGACAGAAUCCAGGGAAAAAAGUUUCUAGUGCCAAUAAUAUUGUCAUACCAAGAUUACCAUCCAAUCCUUCUAGAGUAGACAGAUUAAUAGUUGAUUCUUUUAGAGAACAUGCCAGGAUAAUUACCCUAGUAGACAAAAUGCAAAGACUAAGAAGUAUCACAAUUCAUCCUAAUGUACAGUCUUGUCUAGAGAAGUGGUUGGAAGGUAUACGUAAGGUACAAGCUAGAAGAAAAGAAGAAAUUGUUAAUGCAGCUAAUAGACAUAGAGCUGGUGUACCUCGUCAGCAGGAAGAUAAAGAUGUUUUGGCACUAGCAACAAGUAUUUGUGAAUUAACUGCUCAUAUUAAACGAGCUCGAACAGCUACAUGGUGUGCUCUACAGAUGGCUGAUAAACGAAAUCCUCUUCUACGACAGAAUGGAAUUGACUUGGAGAAUCCUGUCAAUAUGAAGUCUUUUACGAUAGAUCCUGUUGAACUAAGUGGGACCGAAGUCUCGUCCAAGCCGGCAGCAGAGAAAGCUAGCAGUUAAUACGGACAGAAUACAUGAAGGAAUCGCAUUUGCAGCUAAAGGAAUGAUUAACAGAGGCUUGUCUUUUUUCAUAUUAGAUUAUUUAUUGCGCAAUUUAAUAUGACAAUUAUUAUUAUUAUUAUUAUGACAAUUCUACUUUUUAUGAUGCUUGUUGAUAGGUGGUGACAUAGUGAUGAUCUUUAGAAGAAUGAUCUUAGAUUAUGAUGUAAACAUGGCUCAAUAAGGAGUAGUUUUAUUGGUGAAUAUAUAAUAUGUGUAUAGUUCGUUAGUUGUUAUCUAGUUUGUUGAGAGUAUAUUUUUCUUAUGUGAUUAAUAUUGUGAGGACAUAGUGAUAAAGUUAUUAUUAGAUCAUUCAAAUCGGUUGUUGAUAGAAAUUCAGGGAUGUAGUUUAAUUGAAGAAUUUUGGAAAAAAAUGUUUGUCUGAAGCUGUCAGGAAACAGAUCCCACACCAAUAAUUGCAAAAUUCAGUAAAAUGGGGUAUCUUGCAUGACUCUCAACUAGUCGCAACACCUAUUAUAUGGUGAGACGGCAGGGCAAAAUUUAUAAACAGCCUCAAUCAAUGUAUGGCAUAUGUUCAGAAAACUUUUGUAAAAUUUCCACAAGUUAUCUACAUCCCCGGAUAUUUGGUCAAAUGUAUAUAUCAGUAUAUUUAUAAUAUUUGCAAUUAGACAUAUCGGUUUGUGCUCUCUUUGUUCCUAAUCAAAACAACAGAAUCUCAGGUUGAUGAAAAUAAGUUGCAUUUUUAGGAUUAUGAUUUCAGUUUAGUUCAUUCCACAGUCAGGUUGUAAAAUGGUCAUAAAUAUACCAUGUAGAUAUAAGGACCACAUUCCUGUUUAGCUUAAUUAUAUACAAUUUUAUCAAAUAUUAACUCACAAUUUCAUAUCAUUCAUAGAUUUUUUGUUUUAAAAGAAAAGUGUAAUAAUUUCAUAUACACACACGCUCACAAAGCACUAUUAAUCAAAUUUUGUGCACAUCAGCAUUAUUAUUUUUUGUCAUUUUCUGUUUCAAAGACAUUUAACAACUGAAUCUCUGAUACUAAGAUAUUUUUCCUGUGAAAAUCCCUCUGAAUCUGUCUUUUCAAGGUAAAUGUUACCUGCAAAAUGCCUAUAAAUUAUUAAAUACAUUUACGCAGAAGAAUGUGUUUUUUCUCAUUAACCUGUUCACUAAGUUACCAAAUACACAGUGAAAUUAAUACUUUAAAUUAUGAAAAUGAUGUCACACCUGAGAAUUUAUGAAGAUUUUUUGUUUGCAAUAUUUGUAGCUUUACUGCCAUAAAUAUAGAUAUAGAAAUAGGAUAACCUAAGUCAAUGAUAUAAAAUGGAAAUAGUUUACCUUGAUGGUUAUACUCUUGACAUUCCUCAAAAAUCAUGUUAGUUCAGUAAUUGUAAAUAUAGAAUUUUGUGUUAUUUAAAAAAAAAGUGUGUAUUAUAAUUAAUAUUAUAAUUAAAGAAAUCAAAUAAUUAAAUAUCAUCAUUGUCUCAAAUAAUUUAUUUACCAUGUAGUGUUUUAUUAUUUAUUAAAAUCGAUAAUUAUAACGGACAUGGAAAUGUGUGCCAUAGACAAGUAAUAGCUUUAACAAGAAAAAUAGUUGUAUAAUAAUGAAGUUUCAUUUAAAUAAGAUUUUUUAAAGUGCCUGAACAAAUAUAGAUUUUAAGAAAAUUAUUAAUCAGAAAAGUUAUUUAUUCAAUAUAUACUGGACGAGAAAUAUUAACCAGAAAAAUUAUUUAUUCAAUAUUUUAAUGGAACCGAAAAAUUAUCAAUAUUUCGAAUCGAAUCUCUGUAUAUUUUUUAUUAAAUAUAAAAUCAUAUUUUACCAGAAUCCAUGGAAGCCAACAAAUUACAAUGUAUAGUAUAUACCUCUAAACCCUUAAUACUUCAUGGCAAAUUUAUUAAUUAAACCAAGGGCGUUUGUAUAUUCUAUUUAUUCAGGAGUUAUUCAGAAAGUUCUAAAAAAAUACUUUAAUGUUGUUUUUUUCAAAUAAAUUUUAUAUGCUGAUGUAUUUUUCUUGAUCUGAUAGAAAUCAUAUUAAAAGUACUUUAGAGAAAUAUGAGAAGUGCCUUCUUGUUAGCAUUGAGAUCAGAUAUCCUCCAAAGUGAAUUGAAACUAAUGUACUGUUUCGUUUGUAUCAGAAUUAAUUUAGAGGACUUCUGAAUCAGAGUGUGCCAAAUAUGAAAGCGUACUUAAGGACUAUUGUUAACAUAAACUCUUUGUUGGUAAAAGAAAACAAGAAAAAUAUUAAAUAUUUCAACGAAUAAUAUUAUUCAGUGCUAUUUUAAUUUAUUUUUUUUUAUCAUAGAUUUAUGAAUAUGUAUAACUUCAUUGUAAAGUAUUAAGAGUCCCAUAAUAAUUAAAUUAUUAAACAGUUUGUCUCAAAAGUUAUAAGCGAUAUCAAUUUGUGAUAGGGUUACAACUAGUCCAUUUGAUGUAUUAAAUGUAACUUUUUAUAGUUUUAAUCAAAAGUUAAGAAUUAUGAAACUUUGAUGUAAACAUAACUUUCACAAAAAUAGUAUCCUUCAUUUAGUAAUAAAAUCAAUCCUUUACAAAGUGAAUUCAAUUUGAACAAAAAUUAAGAUAAAACAUUAUGCUUUAAGACAAAAAGACUGUAGAGAAUAUAAUUAGGCCACAUUAAUUUGUUUUUCUGUUCUUCUGGAACACCUGUUAAAAUAUUUUUGGAAAAAAGACUAAUUUAAAAACCAAAAGUACUUGGUUGUGCUGUUGAAAAGCUUUUAGUUCCAAAUUUUUAAUUUUGACAUUUUAAACAACAAAACAUCUUUCACAAAUGACUAUUUGUUUAUCAAUAACCUGAAGAACAGAAAAUCAAAUUUGUCUGACUGUGGCCUAAUGUGUACAUUAUGUGUAUAUCAUUUAUCUGUGUAUUAAUAAAAUGAGCAGAUUUAAUUAAAUCCAUCAACAGUUAAAUAUAACUUUAAAAUGUACUUAUAUCUUUCAUGAAAAAAAAACUGACAACAAUAUCAUGACAUAGAUACAAUUUCAUUGACACAAUGGAUCAUACUUACAUCUAGAACUUUUAAAAAAGCACACUUUCCAUACUCAUUGAAUUCGAAUUUUGCAAUUUUUAUGUGUUCAAACUAUAAUAAAAUGGAUCUAUAUCAUUAACUAAUUGUUUUCAUGUAGUUUCUGCAGCAUUCUUUAUAUUGUCUUGGUGUAAACAUUGUAGUUUGUUUAUAUUAAAUAAUGUUAUAGUUCUGUAGAUGUGUUAGAUCUGAUGUUUACAAACGUUUAGUGAUAUAAAUAGGUAUUGCAGGGUUGUGAGAGCAGAUAUUAAAUAGGGAAUUUGUAUAAUCCCUGACCCGGUCAUUUUCUAGUUCAAUAUUAGUAUUAGUUCAAUAUGUUUUUGUGAUAAAUUAAAAUCAUCGUCUCCAUAUUUAUGUAAUUACAUAUAAAGCUAGCUAUUGUACACUUGGCAGUAUUUAAAUUGGGUUCAUACAUGAUUAAUUUUUGUUUUAUUUGGAAAUUGCAUGUUUUUGAGGUCUAUGCAGAGAUGAGCAUAUCCCUGUUGCAUGUUCUCAAACAAAACGCAGGGGAGAAUGACAAACACUUCAUUCCUUCUCAUUGAUUUGCGUUUUUAAUUGAUAAUGAUUUAUUAGACUGUGAAUUAUAGAAAUGGAUUGAUUAAAGCAUUUAAUUUGGUUGACAAAUUUGUAACCUAGAAUCAGUAAUGUUGUAAAAUGUUAUAUAGUUUGGGUGAUAAAAAGUAGUAUUGGUAGUAAUUGUAGAUUAUAUGUAGUUAGAUAUUUUAAUAUUUAGAAGUGAAAUUAGGUAUUGCUUUGACAUACAAAAUAUUAAACUGAACUCUAUUUUUCCAAGAUAUGUACAUGGAGCUUAUAUGUUUUACAUAACAUAAAAAUUAGAUAACUUAGUGAUAUAGAAAUUGUGCCCUAUUAUAUUUUUCUCAUAUAUGUUUUUUGUGGUGAAUUUGUUAUAAUGUGUGUUUUUAUUAAACAGUUCACAUUUUUUACUCAAAAGUGUGUCAUUCCUUAUUUUUGUGGAUUUAAUAGACCUCAGAUAAUAUGCAUAUCAUCUGCAAAUAAAUUAUUUAUAUUAAUUAAUGGUCACAGUUUAUUAAUUAAUUGUACAAUUUUUUCAUUAAGGUUGUUUGUUUGAAAAAAACUUUUUUUUAUUUUCAAUGGGUUGUAAAUUUAUCAAUAUAUCUGUAUUAUUUAAAUGGAAUAUUAACCAAAUUGUACAAAUAUUUAUUUCACUUAUUAAUAAUAUUUGAUGCACUGCACAAAGUCAAUCAUUGCUUAGUUUAUUAAUUUAUGCUAAAUCAGCUUCUUAACAGGUCUAAACUGUAUUUGUAUGGUUAUUUAUUAAUUAAAUUAAUUUUUGAUCAGAAUGUCUUUAGUUUGAGAUAGUGAGGAAAUAAAGUUACUAAUUUUGUUUAAAAAAAAUUAAAUAAUUCAUAUUAUAUUCUCUGUUUUCAGUUCAUUCAUUUGUCUAGAUAGCAAAAGCCAAAAUCCUGUACUAAUGCAAAUUAUUCCUGUAAAAAUUUGAAAGUAAGUUAUUUUUAGUACACAAAUGCAAUGUCUUAAAAAGCUUUCUUUUCAAAGAAUGACUUCAACUAGCAAGAUCCAGACCUUUGUAACUGAUAAAUUGGUUUUUUUUAAAUAUAACAUUAGAAAUGUUUAGAAGCUGUUCUUUUUAUCCUGUUUAUUUAGUUGGUUAUAUGCAGAAUUAUAUUCUAUUCAGGAAAAGAAUCAUAAACACAAAAGCCAGAAUAUUUUCAUAAUUGUAAAUAAGAAUUAUUUUUAUAAUAUGAAAUAGAAAUGUUAAUUACAGCAAAGUGUUAUUGCUCAAACCUCAUUGUGUGUAUCUGAAGGCAGUAUUUUGUUUCAAUCUAUGCAUCUAAUUAAGUUUUAAACAGGAGUCCUUGUAAUAAUUCUGAAAUUUACAAAGUUGCUAUUUGCAUUGGAAAAAUUGAAAGUCCAGUGCAAUAUUUAAUUAUUUGUCAUGUGUAGAGAAUCCGUGUCAAACAUAUUCAACCCAAAAACGUUUUGAUCACACAAAUGUAUGCUCUUCUGAAGAUGGGAAAUUCUGUAGAUGUAAAAAUUAUUAUAAAAGGAGGUAAACCAUAUUUAUUAAAAAGCUUAUUUUAAUUUCCUAAAGCGAUAAAUUUUUAAUAAGGGAGUAAAUAUCUUUUAAACAUUCUGAUCAUACCCUAGCGAUCUGUGUAUAAAUGCUUCCAUAAAGCAGUCAACAUGAGAGGUAACCCCACAUGGUUUUAAAAAGUUCGUGAUCAGAAGCUGAACAUGAGGCAUGUACAUUAAUAUUGAUAGUAAACCAUGUUAAAUAGAAGGGUGAGAAUGUCUUGCUCUGAUUCUCUAUGUAUCGUCUGAAGUUAGGCAAUUGUUAAUAAUUUGGGCACAUCUGUCUCAGAAUCUACAGACUAUUUCCAUGUAAAGUAAGAUAAUGUAUCUUAAAUUAUUUCUUUAAGUGCUCCUCAACACACCAAUGCUUGAAUUACAGAACAAACCUAUUGAAAUGUAUUCCAUAUUAAUUGCCAAACACUAUAUUUUUUUAUAUAAAAUCCAUAAUCCUUGUUUGUUUUCACUGAUCAAAUAACAUUUCACUGUGAUAAAAUUAUGACAGCUUGUUUUUAAGUUUGGAUAAUAUCAAAUUAUGUUAUUUAUAAGACCAAUUAAAUGUAGCACAAAUUUUCAGCAAUCUCUUAAUUUGGACGACAUAUUUGAAUUUAUGGAGAUUAUAUCAUAGCACUAUUUAGUGAUGUUUUUUUUCUCAAAUUGUUUCAUUAUUUUUUUUGUUCAAGUUUUGUUUGAAUAUUAUUAAUCCUUUAAUUUCUAUGAAAUAUGUCUAUUUAAUCUUACCCAAAACACAGAAUAAACUGCUCUGUUCAUCUUGAAAAGGAGAUUAGGGACCAAGUUCUUCUUAGAUAAUUCUCUUUAGGGUUCAUGCAGUAAUAAUGGACUAUCCAAAUUGAAUAAGAAAAUGAAUUUGCAUGAAUCUCACAACAAAAUUUCGGAAGCAGCUGGCUUGAAAGAAUGAGACAAGGAGCAUUUGUGUUCUGUGGGUCUAGACAGUGGUCAUUGUCCAUUGUUUAAUAUUUUUUUUGUUGCAAUGUUUCAUUGAACUAUAUUUACUCAUCUAUAGCUUUGGGCGGUAUUUACAUAGUCACAUUAGGCAGUUAUUUAAUUGCUAAUUUUCUAUGAAUAUUAAUCAUUAUGCAUAUUUUUAUCUAAGAUUGAGCACCUUGAAUUUGUUCAAACUUUGUGAAAUUUUUAAUCUUAUUGUUUGAUUAUAGUACUUUGUGCACUGUUGAGUGCAAGUAGUUUUUUUGUAUAGUUAUAAAUAGUAGACACUAGCUUUCCUGUGAUACUAAUGUAGAGUGCAGGGUCCCUUCAGAUAUAUUAAAAUCUUUGUUAUCAUCUUACAUUUUACCUAAAGUCUUAAGUACAGUUUACCGUUUCCAAAUUUUAAAUUUAAAUCAAUAAACAGCUGAAUUUUAAUUAUCUACUUAAUAGAUCUUUUAUGGUUACAAUCCUAGGGUUUAUUUGGUUAAAACAGUAAAUAUUACGAAAAAAUUGUUGUGAGUGUAUUGAAUAAUUUAUCAACUUGUGUAUAGAUCAAAAUUAUAUAUAAAUCAUGACUUGUCUAAGUCAGGGUGGUAAAGUUAAAUAUCUGUGGGCUUGCUUAAUAAUAAUAUGGAUUAAAUGGUAUCACUCUACAUGGAUAUUUUCUCUCUCUAAGACUUCGAAAUACUGUUAACAUUUCGAAAGGUAGUUAUCUGGUAGAACAUUGUUUUGUCAACUGCUGGGAGAAAAUAGUACCAAAGACGUAGAUGUUAUUUACAUAUACAGGAAUUGUAGUUGUUUGACUUGAUAUUAAUCAUUAGAUAUUAUUAAUAAUUAGUUUAAUUUUUCAAUCACGUUGCGGGGUUUGGCCGCUUAUGAAAUCUAUUUUUAAAGUGACAAAUAUAUUUAUUUAGUAUUUACUCUGUUAGAAUUUAAGACGUGUUAAAAGUCUUGCUAAUAUCUUGAUGAGGUACAUGUGUAGAUAUGUAGACGCUGGAAAUGGUGGUGCACUGUUUUGCAAUAAUUACUAUUUUUAUGUUAAUGCAUUAUUUACGGCCCAGCUGUUGGGGAGGUUAUAUUGUGAUAAGUAUGAGAAAUGAAUGAAGAUUAAAGUACAUUGAGAUGACAAUACAUUAUGAUCUUUUUCUCUCCUGUUUGAAUUUUUAGAAAAUAUUUUAAAGCUUAUGGAAAUCAAAGUGUAGAAUUUAUUGAGUGUCACUUGUUAUCUCUGCCAUUAUUAAAUGAUUUGCUGCUAAGAGAAUAAUUUUAUGAAUGUCUGCCAGUUUUUUUUAUUCAGAGGGACUAUUUAGCUAUUUGUUUAGGACAGAUGUGGAUUAGGCAGUGAUAUGGAAUGUCAAAUACACAUCAUUCCUCAGUGGUGCUGUGCCGCUCCACCAUCCAUCAAAUUUGACAAAUUUUGACCGUGGGUUUUCAUCCAAAACAACAGUUGUUUCAAUGAUUAAGCGUAGCCAAUUUUCAAAGGAGUAUAACUCCAAAAAUUGUGAUUUUACUUCAAUAUUAGCAAUGACAACCCACAAAAUCACGCUAAAUCAUGCUGUUUUUAUUUCUCUUGAUGGUGUUAUUUAUCCAGGACUUACGCCUGUCGUAAAUAUAAACAUAAAGAGUAUGUUUAGCAAUUGAGAAUAUGGCUCCAAUGUCAAAGCUUUGAAAAUAAAAUACCUGAGAUAAGAAAUGACACUUCAAUUAUUCUAUACACUCUUAUUUAUUAUGAAAAACUGAAACAAUUGUAACAAUUGUUUUGAUUAUGAUUAUCCUUCCAAGUUGCAUUUAGUUUCAAUAAUUGUCUGAAAUUGAAUUAUAUUAUUAUGCAAGAAAGGUAAAUAUUGAUUAUAGAUAUUAUCAAUUAUUUGUUUAAUAAACCAAAGAUUGUAAAGACUCUUUAUGUUAUAUCAUUAUUGUUAAGUUAUCUAUGUACUGUAUAGAGUAUUGUUAAUAACCAGGCCUGUGUUAAGAGGUUUGUUAGUUGCUAUGACAACUUUACGAUGAUUGUUAGGUUGAAUAAUGAAAUAAAGAUACAGCAUGAUUUGUUUGAAGACUU